AGUCCCAUCCAUUAUUCUAUAUGAGUCACAGAAGUAUAAUUAAAAGAGUUUCUGUAUUAAUUCAUAAAACAUAUUUUACUAUAUUAAUUUAUUUUUGUCACCAAUUAAAUUCUUCCUAUUUUUUUGUUUUCAUUAAAAAUUACGUUGGUACACUAGUAUUUUCUCCUGUGUCGUGAGUGCAUGUAAAAACAUUCAAUUUUACAUACACAUCACACUCAGACCCGGAACAACAAUUUGUGGAUAACAAAGAGUUGUUCCGUGCGGGAAUCGAACCCGUGACAUGUUGCGCUGCACCA